UGGGAGGCACUCGGGAGAGGCUAGAGCCAGGGGCGGCGGGCCGGGGCUGUACUCAGUCCCGGGCGAGCGCCCGCGGAGGCGGCGGUGGCAACGCCGGGAGGGCAUGCCGCGCCACCGGAGCUCCUGUCGGGCGCAGGCUUCCCUGGCGCAGGCUGCGCGUGGUUGCUGCUACUCCCAUUGCUGCUGCGGACUCCCAUGGCGGCUCCGCCCGACCGGGGCCGCCGCCGCUGUCGCCAGCCUCGGGCUGAAUGAAUGAGUCGGAGAGGCGGAGCCCGGCUGCCCGCGACCGCGCUCACCGGCCCGGGACGCUUCCGUAUGGCCCGCGAGCAGCCGGCGUCCGCGGCGGUGGCGGCAGCCAGGCAGCCCGGAGGCGACCGGAGUGGCGAUCGGGCACUGCAUGGGCCAGGGGUUGCCCGCAGGGGGCGGCCGUCACUGAGUCGCACUAAAUUGCACGGGCUGCGGCACAUGUGCGCGGGGCGCACGGCGACGGGAGGCUCCUUCCAGCGGCGGGCGCUGUGGGUGCUGGCCUUUUGCACGUCUCUCGGCUUGCUGCUGUCCUGGUCUUCGAACCGUCUGCUCUACUGGCUCAGCUUCCCGUCACACACUCGAGUGCACCGCGAGUGGAGCCGCCAGUUGCCGUUCCCCGCCGUCACCGUGUGCAACAACAACCCGCUGCGCUUCCCGCGCCUCUCCAAGGGGGACCUCUACUACGCGGGCCACUGGCUGGGGCUGCUGCUGCCCAACCGCACGGCGCGCCCGCUGGUCAGCGAGCUGCUGCGGGGCGACGAGCCGCGCCGCCAGUGGUUCCGCAAGCUGGCCGACUUCCGCCUCUUCCUGCCGCCGCGCCACUUCGAGGGCAUCAGCGCUGCCUUCAUGGACCGCCUGGGCCACCAGCUGGAGGACAUGCUGCUCUCCUGCAAGUACCGGGGCGAGCUCUGUGGCCCGCACAACUUCUCCUCAGUGUUUACAAAAUAUGGGAAGUGUUACAUGUUUAACUCAGGCGAGGAUGGCAAGCCUCUGCUCACCACAGUCAAGGGGGGGACGGGCAACGGGCUGGAGAUCAUGCUGGACAUUCAGCAAGAUGAGUACCUGCCCAUCUGGGGAGAGACAGAGGAGACAACGUUUGAAGCAGGAGUGAAGGUUCAGAUCCACAGUCAGUCUGAGCCGCCUUUCAUCCAAGAGCUGGGCUUUGGGGUGGCUCCAGGGUUCCAGACCUUCGUGGCCACACAAGAGCAGAGGCUCACGUAUCUGCCCCCACCGUGGGGAGAGUGUCGAUCCUCAGAGAUGGGGCUCGACUUCUUUCCCGUUUACAGCAUCACCGCCUGUCGGAUUGACUGUGAGACCCGCUACAUUGUGGAGAACUGCAACUGCCGCAUGGUCCACAUGCCAGGGGAUGCUCCUUUCUGCACUCCAGAGCAGCACAAGGAGUGUGCAGAGCCUGCCCUCGGCCUCCUGGCAGAAAAGGACAGCAAUUACUGUCUCUGCAGGACACCCUGCAACCUGACCCGCUACAACAAAGAGCUCUCCAUGGUGAAGAUCCCCAGCAAGACGUCAGCCAAGUACCUGGAGAAGAAAUUUAACAAAUCUGAAAAAUAUAUCUCAGAGAACAUUCUUGUCCUGGAUAUAUUUUUUGAAGCGCUCAAUUACGAGACAAUUGAACAGAAGAAAGCGUAUGAAGUCGCUGCCUUACUUGGUGACAUUGGUGGUCAGAUGGGAUUGUUUAUUGGUGCUAGUAUCCUUACAAUACUAGAGCUCUUUGAUUAUAUUUAUGAGCUGAUCAAAGAGAAGCUAUUAGACCUGCUUGGCAAAGAAGAGGAGGAAGGGAGCCAUGACGAGAACAUGAGCACCUGUGACACAAUACCGAACCACUCUGAAACCAUCAGCCACACUGUGAAUGUGCCCCUGCAGACAGCUUUGGGUACGCUGGAGGAGAUUGCCUGCUGACACCUCGGGCAACCCAGCACCUCCAAACAGACCUUAAGGCCCAAGACCCAGGACAGGGGACAGCAAGCUCAGGUGGAAUGGCCCCUGAUGACAGAAAGAAGCAAGAGCUCCCCCUAUGCACACAUUGCGAACUUCUGCCAAACCUCACUCUGGCCACAUCUGACAUGAACCUUCCCGGGCCCUGCCAUUUGUCCCUUGUAGGACUGACGAGUCCCACUCCGGAGCUGUCCGAGAACUAAUCUGCCAUCACAUCUCACUGCCAGAUGUACAAAGCACCUGCAUGCUCAGACUUCUUACGGCGCCACCUCCACUUCUGUCUUGUACAUGCUAUUUUCUCCGUACAGUUUCCAGAGCCCACUCUGCUGCCCAUGCAGUGGGACCAGGUUCCAACCCCAAAGCCACCCUGAGCCCAGCUCUGGAAUCAAAACUGCACGGUCAAGAAGGAAACCACAGAACUCUCUACAACGUUUGACCCUUGUGUUGUUUGUGAAGGUUCUUAACCUACCCACAAACCCUUGUCCCCUAAACGGCCCCUGGGGCCCCUGCACUAAAGGUGACCAGUGCCGACCUCUUUCUUAUCCCAGCACCUGUGGAGGUGGUACAGUGGCCUGGAGGACCCCAGUAUUCGUCCAUGGAGCCACGUCCUUUUCACCCUGUGACACAGCUGUAGAGUUCGAUUUCUUUUCGUUUUGUUUUGUUGGGGGCGGGGGCUGUUUUUGUUCGUCUGUUGAUUGUUUCGGUUUGCUCUGUUUUAUGGGCUUUGGUUUUGAUGUUCCAAGGUUCGGUUUGGGUUUUCCAUUUUCUUUGGAGUUUAUUUAUUCGUGCUUUGAACCACAGUCAUAUUAAAAGCUGGUCUUGUGGAAGU